AUGGGAUUAUCAAUAUUAGAUAAGGUGACCAGCAAUACUCGAAACAAUGGAAAGCUGGUAAAAAGUUUCUACUGCCACAAAUGCGGUAAAUUUUUUACAACAUUUCUAAAGCUCCACCUUCACGCCCUAAGAGAUGCUGAACAUGAACAUCAAUUCCGUUGUACCAUUUGCAACUACACAGUAGGAUCGGUUUUGACCGAGUUGCUUCAGCACAUCGAAAAGUUUCAUAAGAGUGAUACAUUUAAACUUGUGGAAGAAAAAAUGGUAGAAAACGAGCCUGAGGUGAUACGUUACUACUGCGCAAGUUGCGGUAAAGGCAUGCGCACUUUGCACGAUUUGCUGAUACAUAAUAAAGACCAUCAAAAUGAUCUCUUAUGCUGUGACGUAUGCCCUAAACAAACAUCUACAUUUUCAAUGUUGAUGACUCAUUAUGAAGAGCACACAGUACCAGGCCAUAUUCAUUUACAAUGUCAAAUGUGUCCGUUGGAAUUCUACCAUCCAACCCCAUUAAAAUUUCACUAUUACAUUAUGCACAGGCACAUUUUAAAUAUACCUUUCGAGUGCGAUUUGUGCCAAGAGGUUUUAUUCGAUGACGAAGAAAGGUUUCUUUUUCACGUGCAAGCUCAUACAUGUUUAAAUACAGAAAUAAAACCAAACAGGCCUAGAAUGGAUGUGUCCAAAUUGACUUGCGAGGUGUGCGCCCAAAUAUUUGACUCUAUUAGUAAGUGCAAAAGACAUAAAUAUACAGAGCAUCGAGUUAGAAAGAAUUUUGAAAGAACUUGUCCGAUUUGCGAAAAUACGGUGACUUUAAAAACAAUUUCUGAUCAUUUGACUUAUCAUGAAAAACGCAAAGCGUAUGCUUAUUCUGCCGAAUUUCCUAACAAGGUUGCACCCAAUAAAAAUAAUCGACUAGAAGUGCUAGCUGAUGUCGUUGCUUUAUCCCAACAACAUCUUCAAACACCUAAGAAACCGAAGGCAGAUAGUUGGAGGACAAGACGAAAAUUAAAAAUGAUUGUGCCUGACAAACCAACUCGAUCUUUACCUAAAUCCAAACCAACUCAGCCAAUACCUUCUACAUCCAUAUCAAAACCAUCAACAUCUUACGCGCCCAGACCACUAAUUCAAAUUAACUUUAAGUCUCGUCCAACUCAAAUGAAAUGCACCAAAUGCGAUAAAUUUUUCUUUUCUUCUGCUGAAGAACACAUGAAAGAACACAUUUUGCCAUUGCAACAAUCGACUGAAUCUCAAGCCCCAUCAUCAGCUGACAUGUUUUUGGAAUGGAAUUCCGGCAAUGAACCACCAGAAGAAAUUGUUUCUAUAGAUCUGACAUCGCCGCCACGUAAUCAGCCCAAAGAUGAUGGCAGUUAUUGGGUGAAUGAGACAAUAUCUAGGAAACGUAUUGAAGAUACAGUAGAGUCUUUUGCGGAUCCUAAUUCUAUAGAUUAUAUACAGCAUUGUUAUGGAAUAGAUACACCAAGUUAUUCUUAUCCUUAA